GCGAGGAGGUGCAGAAGGCGUGGCGGGCUGGAGAGGCCACGCGGAGGUCCAGGGACCCACCGACAGUCGGGCAGCGGGACGCGCCCGCAGGGCAGGAAGCCGCACUGAGGUAGCAGGCUCCAGAGGGUCAUGGCCGAGCUCAAGUCGUUGUCGGGGGACGCGUACCUGGCUCUGAGCCACGGCUACACCGCGACCGGCCACGCCUACGCAGCGGCGCGCGGACCAGAGACUACACGCGGCUUUGGUGCAUCGGGUCCAGGUGGGGACCUCCCCGCGGCGCCUGCUUCCCGGGUUCCCGCCGCGACGGUCGAGAGCAGCGGCGAGCAGAGCGGCGACGAGGACGACGCCUUCGAGAGGCGGCGGCGAAGGCGAGGGCCCGGGGUCUCGGUGGACACACGGCGGCGGCCCCGGGAGCAGCGCUCGCUACGGCUCAGCAUCAACGCCCGCGAAAGGCGACGGAUGCACGACCUGAACGACGCGCUGGACGGGCUGCGCGCGGUCAUCCCCUAUGCGCACAGCCCGUCGGUGCGCAAGCUCUCCAAGAUCGCUACGCUGCUGCUGGCCAAGAACUACAUCCUCAUGCAGGCUCAGGCCCUGGAGGAGAUGCGGCGCCUGGUGGCCUACCUCAACCAAGGUCACGGCCUCGCUGCGCCUGUGGCCGCCACGCCACUAACGCCCUUCGGCCAGGCAGCGGUCUACCCUUUCUCAGCCGGCGCGGCGCUCGGGCCCUGCCCAGACAAGUGUGCCGCCUUCUCCGGAUCGCCCUCGGCGCUUUGCAAACACUGCGGCGAGAAGCCCUGACGGUGCCGAGACCCAGCACAACCGCCUUUCUAUUUAGGCUAUCCAUUGUCCUCCCUGGCGGGACCUUAUGGCGGAAAGGCAGCCGGACCCCGGACCCUGCUUGCAGAACUGUUGGGUGCAGGACGCGAAAUCGGUCCAGCCAGAGACUCACUGUAUUCCAGACCCCGCCGCAUCCACAGAACUCUCACAGCGUCUGCUGGGCGUUGCCAGCGCUCUAGGCGGUGAGAAUGACAGGUUACCAGCUGUGCGCCAAAAGAAAAACCACGGGAGGGAACCGGUAGUAGCUGGUCCCACUUCUGACAGGUGACUGCCCAAAGGCUUAGGAAAGCGGGCAAGGAGCUUCACUUGACCACUUCCUAGGGAUCGUCCUCUGCCCCAAUCCCUUCUAGGCCAGCCUGCAGGGCCUUGUUCCUCCAGAUGUGUUCCGCAGGACGCGUGUGGCCCCUCACUGGGGGGCCUCUGAUGGCUCCAAGACUCCAGACCCAGCCCCUGAGCGAGAUUCUGCCGCCGUCCUUUGCAAAGGACUUGAGGGCAGACUUAGGAAGAACCCAGGAGAUGAGAUUUGCAGCAUUUUCCAAGUCUGAUUUUGUUCUGCUAACAUUCUUUCCUGCCCAGAGGCUCAGGAAACUCAUUCUGGCCUCAAAGUCUGUGGACUUAUCCCUAAAUACACCCGGAUCGCCAGCGCCUGCCUCCUGCGGGCUGGGAUGGGCGUCGUUUCGUUCUGUUUGUUUCGAGGGAACUGAUGGAACACGGGUCCUCACAACUUGCACGGGGCUACUUGACCCUGGAGGGUCAGCCGAGGACUUCAAUCUAUAUUCAGGACCUGCCAAGUCCCUCUGCGCCAGUUCGGGAAGUUCUGGAGAAAGCCGGGCUACCGGUGAGUACACGGCGCUGGACUGAAUGGUAACCGGUCGCUCACAAAGUCGGACUGCAACCCAAAAUCUUGUCACUGUACCUAGUCGGAGCCUUAGCCCGGGAGCCCGAGAUGUUGGUUUUUGCUCAGUGGCCCUCAGCAGCUUCCGCCUCUGUUUACCCAAUUAUCUGGCCUUUGUAGAUUCAAAGCAUAGUGUGGGAGAGGGCUGCCGCCCUGCAAAGCGCCUGUCUAUAGCGCUUAACUUUCACGGAUGUAUUUGAAAAGGCCCUUUUGUAUUUGCAAAAUGACGUGUGUGAUUGUCUUAUUCAUAAAGACCUAUGCUUAAAUACUA